AUGCCUGCUGCGGCUGCCGCUGCUAUCAAUGAGCCCCGUGGGCGCGCUGCUCCGGGAAGAGGCGGACUGCGCCCGGCGCCCGCAGCCGAGGUGGCGAGCGCGCCCGCCCGUCCGCCGCGCGCACGCGUGUUGUCCUCGAGCUGCCUGGACCCAGCCGACCAGGGAGCGGGCGCGCGGCGGCCCCUCCGGGCAGCGGCGCAGGACGGGCGCCUCUUCCGCUCCGCCACGGGCGCGCGGGCCGAGGGGGCGCGGCGGGCCUCCCUGGCCGAUCGCAGGCCCACGCCGCUCGGCUGGCCGGGACCCAAACGGCCUCUGUUGCUGGCUGAGGAUGGGAGGAGGGGCGCGGGCCCGGUCGGAUUACUGUCAAUACGCAAACGCGGAGGCAGUGGGCGGGGAGGGAGGGUAGGUGCCGUAGAGGGCAAGGGGCACUCACAUCCCCGGCGCGCCACUCGCGGGGCUCCAGUCUGCACGUGCCCCGGGCCUCUCCCGCUCGCUCUACCAGUCUGCGGAGGGCGCGCGCCCGCGCACCCGGCUCCCGCGUUCGCCUCUUUGUUCCCGCCCACGCGAGGCCCAUCUUGA